AGUUAUUGUCAAAUUCCGCAUCUAAGCUGAGCUGUUCUAUUCAAAUUACAGUUUCAAAGUCUCCUUUAAGAAAAUCCUAGGAUGCUUUCUCUUUUACUUUCCCUUAAAUCCUGGGAAAAAAUCUUUUAAUUCUAUAUACCCAGAUAUGCGAUAUAUCUUGUCUUCAUCACACCCAGAUUGAUUCUCUACCAAGACAAGAAGACGAAGAGGUCGAAACAGAGUGUUCAAUCAGUCACAGAUCUCAGGAAUGAGCUGAGGAUAUUUUAAUUCCUGGGCAGUUGUUUUGGAUCUGGGGUCAUAUACUCAGAUUACAGAGUAUAUAUUUGGAUCAGAAAAAAGCCAAGCUAGCUAGUUGCUUCUUCUUUCUUCUUCUAGAAUAAUAAUAUGUGUGCUCAAAAGCAAGCAGAAGAGCCAAUAAUAGCCGCCCCAAACACCAUUGAAGGAGAAGAGAAGUCUGAUCAUGAAGGUUUCAGUGUGAAGAGCUUUCUCUGGCAUGGCGGCUCUGCUUGGGAUGCUUGGUUCAGCUGCGCUUCCAAUCAAGUAGCACAAGUGCUUUUGACACUGCCAUAUUCGUUUUCCCAGCUGGGAAUCGCGUCGGGCGUGGUGUUCCAAAUCUUCUACGGCGUGGUGGGCAGCUGGACGGCGUACCUUAUCAGCGUCCUCUACGUUGAGUAUAUAAGCAGGAGGGAGAAAGAAGGUGUCACCUUCAACAACCAUGUCAUUCAGUGGUUUGAAGUUCUAGAUGGGUUACUUGGACGCUACUGGAAAGCGGUGGGGCUAAUCUUCAACUGCACCUUUCUUCUGUUUGGUUCUGUGAUUCAACUCAUAGCAUGCGCUAGCAACAUUUACUACAUAAAUGAUGCAUUGGACAAGAGGACAUGGACAUACAUAUUUGGAGCAUGCUGCGCAACCACAGUUUUUAUUCCUUCUUUCCACAACUUCCGGAUUUGGUCCUUUUUUGGCCUCGGAAUGACCACCUAUACAGCUUGGUAUCUCACCAUUGCCGCUAUUGCUCACGGACAAGUUGAAGGUGUUAAACACUCUGCUCCAACAAAGCUUAUGUUGUAUUUUACCGGAGCCACCAACAUUCUGUACACCUUUGGGGGUCACGCAGUUACUGUGGAAAUAAUGCAUGCAAUGUGGAAGCCAAAGAAGUUCAAACACAUAUACUUCUAUGCCACACUAUAUGUCUUCACACUCACCAUUCCCUCAGCCACCUCUGUCUAUUGGGCAUUCGGCGACCAACUCCUCGACCACGCUAACGCAUUUUCCCUCCUCCCUAAAUCUGGAUGGCGCGACACUGCCGUUAUCCUAAUGCUCAUUCACCAGUUCAUAACAUUCGGGUUCGCAUCAAUGCCAUUGUACUUCGUUUGGGAGAAGACGAUUGGGAUGCACGGGACAGGAAGUAUUUUCUUAAGGGCGGUAGCAAGGUUGCCUGUGGUGAUACCAAUAUGGUUUUUGGCUAUUAUUUUCCCCUUCUUCGGCCCAAUCAACUCCGCGGUUGGCGCCCUUCUUGUUAGUUUCACGGUCUACAUCAUCCCCUCACUGGCUCAUAUGCUCACAUUUCAUACCUCCUCGGCUCGACAGAAUGCUGCGGAAAAGCCUCCAUUCUUUCUGCCUAGCUGGACGGCCAUGUACGCAGUGAACAUCUUUGUUGUGGGCUGGGUUUUGAUUGUUGGAUUUGGGUUCGGAGGGUGGGCUAGCAUCUCCAAUUUUAUCAAACAGGUAGACACCUUUGGGCUUUUCGCCAAGUGCUACCAAUGCAAGCCCUUAAACCCGGUGGCACUUCACUCACCGCCGCACCCCAGUCCUAAUGCCACCAUCAUCCACUGAGAUACCUCGGACUCCAUAUCUCUCACCAUAGUAUAUUUUUAGUCUGUAUACGUGAAUAAUAAUAUACAUAGUAGUUAAUAGUGUUAUAUACCCUACAGUCCUUUUUAUAUACCUCUAAUCUAUUACACGGAGUAGUAUUUGUUCAAUGAUAAUAUCAACAUUUUAUUGAGAUAAAAUCAAACUCGUUACCUCCUUUUGAGAGUAUCACACUAAUAUCAUCAAACCACAAGGUAUUUG